ACGGCGGGGGCGGGGCGGGAGGUCCCCGCGCCCCCCCCCCCCCACCCCCCCGCUCUGUUGCGCCGGUGGGGGGGGGCCGGGCCGGGCCGGGUCUGGUCUGGCCGGGUCUGGUCUUGCCUCUUCCCGCCCGCGCCGGUGGCGGAAGGUCAGUCAGGGCCUCUGGGAGCCGCCUCCGCGGGAGCAGGAGCUCGGAGGAGCCGGCUCCUGAGGGAGCGGCUGGGGAGGCGCCCUCCGCCGCCGCCGGAGGGGCCGGGCGCGGCCUCGCGUCGCUGCCCCCGGCGUGCCCGGGCGCCGCUGGCUCCCGCCACGGGACAUGAACUUGAUUGACAUUCUUUGGAGGCAAGAUAUAGACCUUGGGGCAAGGCGUGAAGUUUUUGAUUUUAGUCAACGACAGAAAGAGUAUGAACUCGAGAAACAGAAGAAACUUGAAAAGGAAAGACAAGAGCAGCUCCAAAAAGAGCAGGAGAAAGCCCUGCUGGCUCAGCUGGAGUUAGACGAAGAGACAGGUGAAUUUGUUCCCGUUCAGCCAGCUCAGCGUGUUCAGUCAGAAAGUACUGACCCAUCAAUCAGUUUCUCACAGACCACACAGACUUCAAAACCAGAAGCAGAGGCCUUAUCCUUUGAUGACUGCAUGCAGCUCUUGGCAGAAGCAUUCCCGUUUUUAGAUGACAAUGAGGCUUCUUCACCUGCAUUUCAGUCACUGGUUCCUGCUCAGAUUGAUAGCAACCCAGUCUUCAUUUCCUCUGAUCAAACUCAGCCACCUGAAUCACCUGUUCUAGUUCCACUUACUGAUGCGGAGAAUAUGCAGAACAUAGAGCAAGUUUGGGAAGAAUUAUUGUCCCUUCCAGAGUUACAGUGUCUUAACAUUGAAAAUGAUAACCUGGCUGAGGUAAGCACGAUCACGAGCCCUGAAACCAAGCCAUCAGAGAUGCACAACAGCUACAAUUACUACAGCUCGUUACCCGUCAUGAGAAAAGAUGUUAACUGCGGUCCUGAUUUCCUGGAUGGUAUCGAGGGCCCCUUUUCCAGCAUUUUGCCACCAGAAGACACCAGCCAGCUGAGUGUGAGCUCUUUAAAUGACAUGUCCCCUUCAAACUCUGAUUUCUGUGAGGAUUUCUACACCACCUUUAUUGACACAAAGGCAAACAGUGACACAGCAACAACAAACACUAUCAGUCAAUCACUUGCGGAAAUUCUAAGUGAACCUAUUGAUCUUUCUGAUUUCUCACUGUGUAAAGCUUUUAAUGGCAACCACUCAGGAACCAUACCAGAAUGUAAUGAUUCUGACUCUGGGAUUUCGUUGAAUGCAAGUUCUAGUGUAGCAUCGCCUGAACACUCUGUUGAAUCAUCUGUCUAUGGAGAUAAGACUCUCGGUUGUAGCGAUUCUGAAAUGGAAGACCUGGAUAGCGCUCCUGGAAGCGUGCCGCAGAGCAAUGCUAGCGUAUACUCCCUGCAGUUCCAGGACCAAGUGUUUUCCUCUGUGGGGCCAAGCACUCAAACACCUAAUUUGCAGUCUACAAACACACCAAAGAAAGAACCCCCUGCCGGUCCAGGCCACCCCAAAGCUCUGUUCACAAAAGAUAAACCUUCAGGCUGCCUUGAAACUCAUCUCACAAGAGAUGAGCAAAGAGCAAAAGCUCUGCAGAUCCCUUUUCCUGUUGAAAAAAUAAUCAAUCUCCCUGUUGAUGACUUCAAUGAAAUGAUGUCUAAGGAGCAGUUCAGUGAAGCCCAGGUUGCACUGAUUCGAGAUAUACGCAGGAGAGGCAAAAACAAAGUGGCUGCUCAAAAUUGCCGUAAGAGAAAACUGGAAAAUAUAGUGGAACUGGAGCAAGACUUGAGUAACCUAAAAGAUGAGAAAGAGAAAUUGCUGAAGGAGAAAGGAGAGCAUGACAAAAGCCUUCGGCAAAUGAAAAAGCAGCUAACCACCUUGUACCUUGAGGUCUUCAGCAUGCUACGUGACGAAGAUGGGAAGUCUUACUCUCCUAGUGAAUAUUCGCUGCAGCAAACUAGAGACGGCAAUGUCUUCCUUGUUCCUAAAAGCAAGAAGUCGGAGCCUAAACUUUGAAGGGCGGCACAGCUGGCUACUGUUGUCCGAGCUGUUAUUUUUAUAUCAUUAUCCUGAUAGUUUUUACUAUGAGGUGGAAUGCAGAAUUAGGUAUAUUUUCCAAGUAAUACUAUGCAAUGAUAAUUUUAAAGUUCAUAAUUAGUUUAUGGAAGAUGCAGGUUUAAAAUAGUGUAAUGCAGAUGGAUGUAUGCAAAAUUUGUAAUCUCACUUUUAUAACAGAUGUUUCCUUCUUAGAUCACCACUUUGACUAGUUUCCACAUACAUGUAAAUAUUUAAAGAUACCAUAUUUAUAUACUGUUCCUAUCUCUUGUUAUAUUCAUAGAUUUGAUAUAUAUAAAAAUGAUUUUAGCCUUUGAAAUAUUUCUUGCAAGACGAACAGUAUGGCUUCUGAUUUUUUUAUAAAUAUGCAGUAGUGUUUGUUUCCCAUUUCUUACCCAUUUAUACUUGCUUCAUAUUUAAGAUAUUUUAAUUUAGUAUGAAGGUUGAUACUUAAUGUUUGAUUUUGAUUUAUCAGUUCAUUAACAUUUUAAGUGUUCAUGUAACAAACAUCCUGGGUAUUUAAGCAUAUAUCACGCAGCAUUGGCAGUGUUACUAACGUCUGUUCAGUGUGAUGUUAACUGCUGUUUGGAAGGACUGUGUAACACAAAGUGAAGGUUCGAGUCUAUGCUAAGUUUACAUAAUUUUUGUUUUGCUCUUUGAACACUACUUAAAUUUAUGAUGAGGUCUUUCCUCCAAAGGCAUGUAAAAUCUCUUAAUUCAACACUGUCAGCAUUAUGCAUUUUCCAACUAAAAAUUCUGUACACUUUUGAGUAAUUGGUCUAGAAACACACCCUGUGUCUCCGCCUCUGAUCAGUGACCAUCGUUUGUCACUGCUAUUAUUUUGGAGCUUACGGAGGAAGGCAUACCGACUGCCCACCAACUGCACAGUUUGGAACCUGUGCUCAAUUAACUGAAAAGCACUGUGAUUUAUAAGAGAAUAAAAAUUGGGCAAUAUAUAGCAUUGCUUUGUUUACUUUUCAACUGGACUCAGUGUACUUGAUCAGUGUGGAUUUUUUGAAUAUGGAAAAUGUGUAAUUUGAAAUAUGCAUUAAAAACAUAUCUUAUUCCUUCAUUUUCCCUAUGAAACUUCUAAAAGGCAUUUGUAAUCUGAAAUGUGUUUUUCUGCCACUGAUUUUUCUAUGUCAUUUUAGGAAUAUUUGGUCUAUUACCAUAUUAUGCAUCAUUUCAUAUAGUAUAAUAAACACCAUUGUUUUGCAAGA